CACAACACGAUCCUCGCCGCCGCCGGAGCUCCGGCGGAGCAGUUCCCCGGAGGCCAUGGACCACGACAGGUUGAACUCCCCGAGCACGUCGGCGAUUUCGCUGGAGUUGCUGGGCCAUCGGCUGCACAUUUCUCAGGAUCCUAACUCGAAGCACCUCGGGACCACGGUCUGGGAUGCAUCCAUGGUGUUCGUCAAAUUCUUGGAAAAGAAUAGCAGAAAAGGUCGAUUUUGUCCAUCGAAACUGAAAGGUAAAAGGGUGAUUGAGCUAGGAGCAGGUUGUGGUCUAGCUGGGCUUGGAAUGGCUUUGCUGGGCUGUGACGUGGUUACAACUGACCAAGUCGAGGUGCUCCCGCUGCUUUUGAGGAAUGCAGAGCGCAACAGAUCUUGGAUUUCACAGUCAAACUCUGACUCAGGCACCUUUGGCUCAAUUACAGUUGCUGAGUUGGACUGGGGGAACAAAGAACAUAUAAGAGCUGUUGAUCCGCCGUUUGAUUACAUCAUUGGAACUGAUGUUGUUUAUUCAGAACAUUUGUUGCAACCUCUAAUGGAGACAAUUAUUGCAUUAUCUGGUCCUAAAACAAAAAUAAUGCUAGGAUAUGAGAUUCGUUCUACCACUGUCCAUGAACAGAUGAUGGAAAUGUGGAAAAGUAAUUUUAAUGUGAAAACUGUCUCAAAAUCGAAGAUGGAUGCUAAGUACCAACAUCCCAGUAUACAUCUUUACAUGAUGGAGCCCAAAUCAACAUUGAUCCCUGAAGCUGGGGUCAGUGAAAAUGGUGAAAAUGAGGAGGAGGAGGUUGUCUCCAAUCUAGGAGGAGAUGAUGAAGAUCCUGGAGCUGAGAGUGGACCUUGUACUGGUUCCGAUUCAGCAGAAGCCAAAACAGGCAAUUUGGACGACUGGGAAAUCAGAAGAAGUGGGGCUAUGGCUGCAAGACUUCUUAAGGAUGUCAAACUAGCAUGACAUUUAGAUAUGAACUACUGCCCAGUUGAUGCUGUACUCCACCUUUUAUUUUGAAUGGCACAAGCUGAUCUUGUACUGCUGAACUUCAUUGUCAUUGUUCUUGCAUAGAAACCUUUUUUUGGGGGAAUUGCUAAUAUUCAUUCAACAUAUUUAUUUUUGUGGGAGGGAGGGGGUUCCUAUCGAAUUUUCAACCAUCAGAUUGGCAUUAGGAUUCGU